CGGAGCGAGACAGCUGCACACAACCCACUAUUCACACACAAGCUGCACACACAGCCAGUCACACGCGCACACACACUCCCUCUCGCUUUCUCUCCAAACCAGUAGAGGAACGGACUGGCGCGAGCCAUACGCAGCUAUGGGACCCUCGGCCCGUGCCCCUGGCGCAGAGGAUGGCGGCUACGGCAUCAAACACGACAGAAAGACUCGGAAGCCACUUGUGGAGAAAAGAAGACGCGCGCGCAUCAACGAGAGUUUGCAGGAGCUUCGGAUGCUGCUCACGGACAGCGAGUUAUCAGCGAAGAUGGAGAACGCAGAGGUUCUAGAGAUGACGGUGAAACAGGUGGAACAGAUUCUCCAGAGUCGCACUCAAGAGGGUGGUCAGAUGGGUGAGCGCUACGCCGCCGGGUACAUCCAGUGCAUGCACGAGGUCCACAGCUUCCUGUCCUCCUGCCCCGGACUGGACGCCGCGCUGGCCGCCGAGCUGCUCAGCCACCUGCUGGAGUGCAUGCCACUGCACCGGGAAGGACUCGAGCACACACUCAACGACACACUCAGCGACACACUCACAGACACACUAAGCGACACACUGACCGAUGUGCUCGCAGACACUCUCAGCAGUGCGAUGACAGCGCACCAGCUGACGGGCAUGGUGAUGGCGCCCCCUGCUAGCUCUGGUGAGGAAGAGGAAGAGGAGGAGAGCGGCUCAGAGGAAGAGGAUUCAGACGCCUUCCAACCUGCACCACUAGCUCAAGACAUGUGGAGGCCAUGGUAGAGGUGUGUGUGUGUGUGUGUACAUUACGACCUACUUAGGUGAGUGUAUAUGUCUCUGUGUAUGUGUCUGUGCAUUAGGACUCACUUGGAUGAGUGUCUGUGUGUGUGUGUGUGACAAACAUUCCUCCCGAUGCCUUAAGAGAUACUAGCACCCAUGGGUUUAGCUCCUUUGUUAGUAUGGGCAGGUAAGAGAUGCUAAGAGAUGCUAGCACCCUGUAGUAAGAGAUGCUAUGAGAUGCUAGCACCCUGUAGUAAGAGAUGCUAAGAGAUGCUAGCACCCUGUAGUAAGAGAUGCUAUGAGAUGCUAGCACCCUGUAGUAAGAGAUGCUAAGAGAUGCUAGCACCCUGUAGUAAGAGAUGCUAUGAGAUGCUAGCACACUGUAAUAUGAGAUGCUAGCACCCUGUAGUAAGAGAUGCUAGCACCCUGUAGUAAGAGAUGCUAAGAGAUUCUAGCACCCUGUAGUAAGAGAUGCUAUGAGAUGCUAGCACCCUGUAGUAAGAGAUGCUAGUACCCGGGGAACAUAGGGAUGACCCCCACCCUGGAGUAAAAGCUAGCACCCUGGAGUAAAAGCUAGCAUCCAUGGGUUUUAGCUCCUUUUGGUAGAGCUUCGGGCUCAGCUGUGCAGUCGGUCAAACGGACACAAUACAGUUACAUGUGCAGGAUUGACUUGGACAACUGUGUCUGUGUGUUUGUUUGCAGCACUGACUUUGAAGAGUGUGUAUGUGUGCAUUAGGUCUUACUUUGCCAUGUGUGUGUGUACACACAUUCAUUAGGCCUUAAUUUGCUGAGUGAGUGUGUGUGUGCAUUAGGUCCUACUUCAACGUGUGUGUGUGUGUGCGCAUCAGGUCCUCGACGAGUGUGCGUGUUUGGCAUUAGGUCCCCGAUAAGUGAGUGUGUGUGUCAUGCGCGCAUUAGGUCCUCAAUGAGUAUGUGUAUGUGCAUUAGGCCUUACUUUCCCUAGUUUGUGUGUAUGAGUGUAUGCAUUAGGUCAGUUACUUUGGUGUGUGUGUGUGUGUAUUACUGACUGGAGCACAUGGGACACGGAAGCUGCUGGAAUAACAGGAAGCAUUACUGUGCAGAUGGGAUCAGCACUUAUUGCACUAAGAACAAACAUGGAGUCUUUUAGAUAGUGUAUUAUUACUGCACACACACACAAACACUCAUUGAAGUAACACCUAAUGCACACACACACACAGUGUAUUAUUACUGUGACUUGUUUACGUUGACGGCUUCACUAUUGUUGUUAUUAAUAUUAUUGUUAUUAUUGAAGGGAUAUGUCUGAGGAAUAAAGUCAUUUGAUAGUAA